GGGGUGCGCAGGCGCGGUGCGCGGCGGUGGCGGCCAUGUCGGUGCAGGAGGACCCGGUGCAGCGGGAGAUCCACCAGGACUGGGCCAACCGCGAAUACAUCGAGGUGAUCACCAGCUCCAUCAAGAAGAUCGCGGACUUCCUCAACUCAUUCGACAUGUCGUGCCGGUCCCGGCUGGCGACCCUGAACGAGAAGCUGACGGCGCUGGAGCGCAGGAUCGAAUACAUCGAGGCCCGGGUCACCAAGGGCGAGACGCUGACAUAGACCGGGGGCGGCCCCGGGUCCCCCGCCCCGCCGGAGCACCGCCGCCCCGCACCCCGCUCGGGGCCUGCCUGCCGCCGCCACCGCCGCCUCUGCUUGUGUUGCCAAUAAACCGCUGUGCUCCCGCCCUGCCUGCUCUCUGCCUGCCUGCCUGUGGCCGGGCCGCCGGCUGCCCGCCUCCCUGACACCGUCUUGGAUGUCCAGAACCGGCUCUCUGCCUGCCUGGCCCACAGGGUUCAGGCCCACCUUCCUCCUCACACGAGGGGGCUGUGAUGGGAGGGAACACACUCGAGGGGCUGCAUGCAGGUCUAGCUGCUGUUAGCUCCAGGAGAGACCUGACCAGCCUGGCUCAACCCUCAAGGUGCUUUGUGCUCCUCCGGGGGUCACAGCAGGAAAUUUGGUGAUCCCGAUGGUUUGGAGGGUGUCUCAGCCUGCACAUGUGAACACUGUCAGGGCUAGGUGGGGACAGCAGGCUCACCUGGUGUUGUGCACAUGGCACAGGAGAGUGCCCUGAGCUGGCACCUAGCUGGAGGUGCUUAUGUGCCUCUCAAGGGAAACAAGUGGCAAGGGGAGUGAAAUCUCUGCUGCUUGUCUAUCUCAGUUUUUCAGUGGGCAUCUCAACCUGUAGUCUCAUGGCUCAUAUUUAGCAUUUGUUGGGGAGUCCAUGGAGCUGGUGUCAGUAAAAGUUUUCUUAAUUUCCAGCCUUUGAAUUUCUUGCUAUAUUCUGAGUGGAAGCUAUCAUUGUGAUGAUGGCUCUGUGAUGUCUGCAGUAUUUACUGGGCACUUAAUGUUCUACAUUACAUUCCUAAGCCUGGCAGGUCUGACAGCUGGUUACUCCUCAUCCAGGAGUAGGUCCUCCCACAGGCUCAUGGUUUUGUUCACAGGAAGCUGUGUGUUUUCCCUUGUUUGACUAAGUGCUCCUCCAGCCUUUCCCUCAGCUCAUCUAGCCCAUUACAAGUUAUUGCCAGGUUGAGCUGCACAUCUAGGAGGCUUAGCUGUUUCUCUGUUCCUGCUGUGUAGUCCUAGGGGAAAUAAAUGUUUUGUACCAAUGCUGUAGAGCUUACAGUGGAGUGGAGCAGCCAUGGAUCAUUGUGCUUUCAUGUGGAAGUGAUUUUGAAUGAUGAGAUAUAGUGCUGUCCUGCCAGAUUGGUAGGCAGAAGGAAAGCACCAAUUAUUUUCCUUACAGGCAGUUGCUGUGUGGCCCCAGUAUACCAAAAGUACAUCUAUGGCCCAUGCACUGCUUUUUUGGGGUGUACUGGAAUGGAGUCCUGAGAUCUCCAUCUUCAGAGGUAACUCAGUACUUGUGUGGCCAUGCUCUUGGUCUGACUUUGAAGGUAGACCUGCUUUGAAUGGGGGUGCGGGAACUAGAGACAACCAUAGGUCCCUGACUAAAUUAUCCUAAGAUUCUUCCGCCAGAGACUGGGUGGGAGACAGGAGGUACUGCAGAUGUCCCUGAAAGUGGUGCUGUACCAGGCUGACCCCUGAGAUCUGUUGCUUGUUUCCAUCUAACUGUGUGCUGUGCCUCUCUGGAUCCCUUCCUGGUCUCCUAACAGGCUGUUGUAAUGGUUCUCCAUUUUUUUCUCUGACCCCAGGGUUUCUCAUAGUAGGUGGUGUCACAGAGCCAGUGUGGCCAAAGCAGUUUUGGUGUCUUGGGACAUGUGUUCUCACUGAGUUAACAUGGUGGGAUCAGCCAGUCUGGUUCAUCUCCCAGCAGGAAUGCUUUGCCACUCACGAAGGUACAGAGUUCUGCCCUUUUUCUUUCCCUUCAAGGGAGUAUCAGUAAUUCCUGAGGUCUGCAAAGCAUGGGUUUCUGGUUUGGGGGCUGCUUAUUCCACACCAUCUCUGGGAGAUGAAGCCUUCUGGUCCUCUGGUUGCUACAGCUUUUUCCAGCAGCUGCUGUGGUGUGCAGCCUUAUAAUAGCUUUAAUAUAUUUGAAGCAUUUAGGUUGCUUUAAAGACUGGAGAAUUCUGCUUGCCUUUUUUUUUCUUUCUUGUACUGUAUUUUUUGGGGGGGGACAUGCUACCCCAUGAACCCACAUUAAACUUUUCUGGAGUGGA